GCUGCAUGCUAUAAAUGAGAUGUAUGAGCAGGUUUGGGGUCAGGUGCAUGUUUUUGCAGUUCAGUUGCACAGUGCUGCAUGCUGGGGGCAGUGAUGGGUCAGGCUGAGCUUUAGCCUGGUCCACAGCUGAGCUCCGGAUCCUCCGCUCCGUCCUCCUCUGCUCGCCAUGGCCAUGACUCGGCUGGAGAAGCUGCUGGGUCUGUUUCUGAGGGCUGUGGUGAGGAUUUUCUUCACCAUCUUCCAGUUAUUUUCACCUGAAAGAGGAAAGGAGGAAGAGGCUCGACUUCCCCCCAUCAGCAGCCCCCUGCUCACAGCUCCGGCCAUCCAGCUCGCGCGCCUCAUCCGCCGCAAAGAGGUAACUAGCGUGGAGGUGGUUCAGGCCUACAUUGAUCGAAUCCAGGAGGUCAAUCCACUCAUCAAUGCUUUGGUUAAAGACAGGUUUGCUGCAGCUCUUCAGGAGGCAGCUCAGGUGGAUAAGCUGAUAGAGGAGGAGACAGGAGGGGAGGAUGUGCUGGAGGAUAGACUCCCUCUGCUGGGAGUUCCCUUCACUGUGAAAGAGGCCUUCGCCCUGCAGGGCAUGCCGAACUCUACAGGCCUUCUGAGCAGGAGGGCAGUGGUUUCGGGGGUGGACGCUCCGUCCGUGGCUCUGUUAAAGAGGGCGGGGGCAAUUCCUCUGGGCGUGACCAACUGCAGUGAGCUGUGCAUGUGGCUGGAGUCUCACAACCAUCUAUACGGCAUCACCAGGAACCCCUACAACCUCAGCAGGAUAGUGGGGGGCAGCUCUGGUGGAGAGGGCAGUAUAAUAGCGAGUGGUGCGUCUGUAAUUGGAGUAGGAUCAGACAUCGGGGGGAGUAUUCGCAUGCCCUGCUUUUUCAAUGGUAUAUUUGGACAUAAGCCAACAGUAGGUAUAGUCAGUAAUGCAGGGCAGUAUCCUCCCCCGUCUGGUCAGCAGCCGGGCUUUCUCUGUACAGGACCCAUGUGCCGCUACGCUGGAGAUCUCGUGCCCAUGCUGAAGAUCAUGGCAGGACCUGCUGCAGAAAAAUUGUCUCUGUCUGCUGAGGUGGAUCUGCGGAAGAUCAGGUUCUUCUCUGUUCCUCACGAUGGAGGAUCACCUCUACUCUCCCCAGUAGACCCCCAACUGAUUCAGGCACAGAAAAGGGUGGUUCAGCAGCUGGAGGCUGAUUUCGGAGUGAAAGUUAAAGAAAUUCGCAUCCCUCAGCUCAAAUACUCCUUUCAGAUCUGGGGAGCGAUGAUGUCUGCACCUGGCAAGGAUGGGAAGUCACCCACCACAUUUGCAGAGCUCAUGGGCGAAGGGAGGAAGGUGUGGCCGGUUUGGGAGCUGUUCAAAUGGAUGCUAGGACUGUCCUCUCACACUGUGGCUGCUAUAGGUCUGGCUCUGGUGGAGAUAUUCCAGAGCUCACACCCCACACAGUUUAUCCUGCAGCAGAAGGAGAGUCUACAGCAGGACCUGGAGAAACUGCUGGGUGUAGAUGGAGUUCUGCUGUAUCCCUCUCACCCCAAACUGGCACCCAAACACCACCACCCACUAUUUACCCCCUUCAACUUUGCCUACACAGGUAUAUUUAAUAUUUUAGGCCUGCCAGUGACCCAGUGUCCGCUGGGGCUCAGUGCAGAAGGCUUGCCCAUGGGGAUACAGCUUGUGGCGGGGAAGCUGCAGGACCGGCUCCCUCUGGCCACUGCUCUGAACCUGGAGAAAGCCUUUGGAGGCUGGAGAGAUCCAGGGUCUAAAGCAGAUUCACCAAAAACAUUUAAAUCGAGCAGUAAUAGCACAUAACCAUCGCAUAUAACAUACUCAAUACAAUCACUCUAACCACCCAAAGCUUACUGUUAAGUGUCUUUCACACGUUGGUCAGUGUCUUGUCCUUAUGGGGAGUUUUCUAAAGACUUGUCCAUUGGCUUUAGAUCCUUUUAUUUAUGCAUUGGUUAGAGCCCAAACUCUAGUUACCUGGCUGUUAUAAGAGAGCUAAACAUAUACGCUUAAGUUAGGCACAAGAUAUUAUUAUUUAAAUCAUUAUUAUUAUUAUUUAAUUUUAAUAUUAUUUCAUGGAGAACUACCAAUAUUAUCUUAAAUAGAUAUUAUAGACUAAAAGUGCCGUUUAGCAAAGAUACAGUAAGUGGAGUCUUACUACUGGAAUUUA